GGCCGGACCCUCGCGGUAGCCCGGCUGCGCCGAGUCGCGGUGCCGCCGCUCGGACGCGGACGCGGGCUGCACCUGCCGGACCCGCUGGACCCUCGCCCACGCCCGGUUCUCCGCGGCCUCUCGCCGCCCGGGGCUGCCGCGGCCAAGAAAGUAUUAUGAGGGAGGCCGAGGACUGCAGGCCCCGGACAGAGACGUGGCCCUGGGACUAGAGACCACUUCUGGGAGGAUGCUGGGCGUCUGCAGGGGGAGGCGGAAGUUCCUGGCAGCCUCGCUCACCCUGCUGUGCAUCCCGGCCCUCACCUGGAUUUACCUGUUCGCUGGGAGCCUGGAAGGGCCGCCUGUCCUUCUUCUUUGUCGGAAUCACCUUGAUGCUUGGUACAGGAAGUCCCCAACUCCUGUGGGGACAAAGUCGGCCCAGGCUGAGUGUGGCCGGACAUGUGCACGCUUGCACAGAGAUGGGAAGCCCGUGUCGCUGUCGCCGCUGGAGUCCCAGGCCCACAGCCCCCGGUCCCCGGCUUCCAGCCCCCGGGAGCGAGAGGGCCUGGAGGCGCGGGUGCGGGAGGUGGAGGAGGAGAACCGCGCCCUGCGCCGCCAGCUCAGCCUGGCCCGGGGCCGCCCGCCCGCCCCGCGCCUAGGCAACCACUCGGGCACCUACUCGGUGGAGGAGGGCACCGGCGACAGCGAGAGCCUGCGCGCGGGCAUCGUGGCGGGCAACAGCUCCGAGUGCGGGCAGCAGCCGGCCGUGGAGAAGUGCGAGACCAUCCACGUCGCCAUCGUCUGCGCCGGAUACAACGCUAGCCGGGACGUAGUCACCUUGGUCAAGUCGGUCCUCUUCCACAGACGGAACCCCCUGCACUUCCACCUCAUUGCUGACUCCAUCGCGGAGCAGAUCCUGGCAAUGCUCUUCCACACCUGGAUGGUGCCCGCUGUGCGCGUGGACUUCUACAAUGCAGAAGAGCUCAAGUCUGAAGUUUCCUGGAUCCCCAACAAGCACUACUCUGGGAUCUACGGCCUCAUGAAGCUCGUCCUCACCAAGACUCUCCCUGCCAACCUGGAGAGGGUCAUCGUCCUGGACACUGACAUCACCUUCGCCACGGACAUCGCGGAGCUGUGGGCAGUGUUCCACAGGUUCAGAGGGCAGCAGGCCCUGGGCUUGGUGGAGAACCAGAGUGACUGGUACCUCGGGAACCUGUGGAAGAACCACCGCCCGUGGCCGGCCCUGGGCCGGGGCUACAACACAGGGGUGAUCCUGCUGCUGCUGGACAAGCUUCGCAAGAUGAAGUGGGAGCAGAUGUGGAGACUGACGGCCGAGCGGGAGCUCAUGGGCAUGCUGUCCACGUCCCUGGCCGACCAGGACAUUUUCAAUGCCGUCAUCAAGCAGAACCCCUUCCUGGUGUACCAGCUCCCCUGCUUCUGGAACGUGCAGCUCUCCGACCACACCCGCUCCGAGCAGUGCUACCGAGACGUGUCGGACCUGAAGGUCAUCCACUGGAACUCGCCCAAGAAGCUGCGGGUGAAGAACAAGCACGUGGAGUUCUUCCGCAACCUCUACCUGACCUUCCUGGAGUACGACGGCAACCUGCUGCGCCGGGAGCUCUUCGGGUGCCCCAGCGAGGCUGGCGUGGCCGACGCCAGCAACAAGGACCUCCAGAAGCAGCUGUCGGAGCUGGACGAGGACGACCUGUGCUACGAGUUCCGGCGCGAGCGCUUCACCGUGCACCGCACGCACCUGUACUUCCUGCACUACGAGCACGAGCCAGCCACGGAUGGCACCGACGUCACCCUGGUGGCCCAGCUGUCCAUGGACAGGCUCCAGAUGCUCGAGGCCAUCUGCAAGCACUGGGAGGGGCCCAUCAGCCUAGCCCUGUACCUGUCGGAUGCCGAGGCCCAGCAGUUCCUGCGCUAUGCGCAGGGCUCCGAGGUGCUCAUGGGCCGCCACAAUGUGGGCUACCACAUCGUGUACAAGGAGGGCCAGUUCUACCCCGUGAACCUGCUGCGCAACGUGGCCAUGAAGCACAUCAGCACCCCCUAUAUGUUCCUGUCCGACAUCGACUUCCUGCCCAUGUAUGGGCUCUAUGAGUACCUCAGGAAGUCUGUCAUCCAGCUAGACCUCGCCAACACCAAGAAGGCAAUGAUCGUCCCUGCGUUCGAGACGCUGCGCUAUCGGCUUUCUUUCCCCAAGUCGAAGGCAGAGCUGCUGUCCAUGCUGGACAUGGGGACCCUUUUCACAUUCAGGUACCACGUCUGGACGAAAGGCCACGCACCCACCAACUUUGCCAAGUGGCGGACUGCCACCACGCCUUACCGGGUGCAGUGGGAGGCCGAUUUCGAGCCGUAUGUGGUCUUGAGACGGGACUGCCCCGAGUACGACCGGAGGUUUGUUGGCUUCGGCUGGAACAAGGUGGCUCACAUCAUGGAACUGGACGCACAGGAGUACGAGUUCACCGUGCUGCCUAACGCCUACAUGAUCCACAUGCCCCACGCCCCCAGCUUCGACAUCACCAAGUUCCGCUCCAAUAAGCAAUACCGAGUGUGUCUCAAGACACUGAAGGAGGAGUUCCAGCAGGACAUGUCCCGCCGCUACGGCUUCGCCGCCCUGAAAUAUCUCACGGCUGAGAACAACAGCUAGCGCCGGGAGCCACCGCCAGGGACAGACACACUGCAGGGCCCAGCCACCCUGCCCACCGCCAGGCCCCGCCUUCCAGGUCCAAAUGGAGCAGUGCUUCUCCGGUUUGUUUUUCUUUGUCUGUUUGGCCCAGCCAAGCUGUCACCGCCGAGAUUGGACCAGGGUCCAGCCAGCCGCUCUCUGCAGCUCAGAGUGCAGGGAGAGAGCCCAGCAGCGUGACGCACUUUGAGGAGGGGACGUGGAAGGGAGAGCAAGGAGGGUUCCCAUGGCACCGCGGAGCCACAGAGCCCGGCAGCGGGUGGGAGACGUGGGUCCACCCGGCUGAGGAGGGGACGGCGGGGUGCUGCGCUCGGGCGCCCCAGGAAGUCAGAGCCAGGUGUGGCUUCAGCAAGGGCGCGCUCCUCUGUGCUGUCCCAGCCUCCGGAGAAGCCCAUGGGGACGUGGCAGCCGUCCGCAGGGACCCGGAGCAGGGUGGGUCGGUUCUUUAUCCUCAGAGCCGCUCUCGUUCUGUUUUGAAUUGUUUUAGUUUGGGGGAUUUUGUUUCAUUUUCAGUCUGGGAACCCAGAAUGGAAAAUCUGGUCCUUCAAGGCUGUAGAGGAAACUCUGCUGCCCCCUCCGGCGCCCUCUGUCCGCCGUGGCACAGGAAGACGCCUCCAGCGGAUGGUCAGACACAGCAGCUUCCUCCAGGGCCCUGGACAGCGACCCACCUUCCGGAGAAGGCCUGGGAGGAGCGCAGCACGGCACGCGGACGGCACUGCCCGGGGAGGCCGGUCCGCAGGCUCGCAAGGCUGCGUGGGGCCGCAGGAAACUGGUGGGAGCCUCUGCCUCCCGGGCCUCGCCAUGGCCACCCAGACUGAGGAGACACUGGGCUUCCUACCCAUCCCUUUACUCUUCACUGUUAAUGUUGUGUUUACACUGAUGCGAGCAGAGUCAGUGCCCUCCUCCGCGGGGCUGUCUGUUAUCGAGUUGCCAUGUGACCAGCGAAAGCUGCAUUCAAUAAACAAGUUCAGACUGUUUCCUCCCGUCCA